GUGCUGAGACUGACGCGGUGCGGGUGCAGCCAAGGACUGCUGUUUAGGCUCAACCACGAGAAAGAGUUAACUACAGACUUAAGGUAAAGUACAAGUGUAUAUCAUUAUACUGUAACAGUGGUGUCAUGACAAGACAAGUACUCGUGCAUAGCCAUCAAGCAAAUUAUAUAUUUCAUGCAACAUGUUAAGAAACCGAAUUCCGCUAAUUUCUUUCCGCAUUCUAUGCCUAUUACAAAUAGCCUUUAGUAGGAAUGGGCACCUGAGGUAGUUUGCUUCCUCCAGAAGGGCUUUAAUUCUAAGAAAAAUGGGAAAUUAAGUAUUUUACUUUCGAUAAGGUCAAAAUACCCAAAUUUGGUCAACUCAUUAAACAGAACCACCUUGUAUCAAUAUUAGUUUCCUCAGAGAAAUAUUUAGUAGAAAUGUUUUUAAAAGUUCUGGUAGAAGACAGAAUUUUGUUUCCACAUAACGGUUUUUGUCAAGUCUGUAAGACGCGGAACAACAGAUUUACAACGUAAGGAACAACAGACUGCUCGAUAAACUGGCGAGCAACGCAAGCGAAUAAAAUUUUAAUUUAGUGAACAUGUUUUAACUACUCUAAGGAAAUAACAACUACUUUCUCCAAAGACUCAGUCGUUUGAGUAAAUUCUCAGUUCCGGGCCCACAGCUGACUGGUUGUCGGCCGAACGCAAAAUAUCUUAAUCAAUAGACCCAAAUUUGAUGCGAUAAAGAUGCAUCGCGCUGGCCGACAAAGCGUACAAAAAUAAAUUAGAUACUUUAUAUCGACACAAAAUUUCUUUUUAUUCACUAGAAAUUACUUAAAGGGCAGAAGCAGUGAAAUUAACCAAACAAGAACGGCGAAGGACAAUUCGAAAAUAAAAAGCAGCUUGCGAUGAUUAUAGAAGCCUUUGAUGACAUGACUCAAAAAUGUGCCAUAACUCCGAAUGAACAUGUAUUUUUGGUUUAACAAGAACACAAACAUUCUUAUCAGAUAAUUAAAACUUGCUUGGGAUGUGGCCAACUGUUUGUUCAGUGUAUCUUUACCGUUACCAAUUUUUGAAAUAUAGAGCAUCCCAAAGUAGAACUGUUUACGCAUUCCGAAACACGAAGGAAUUUGUUUAUUGAGCGAGACGAACCUCUCUUUAAAUCAUCACUUUUAACUCCAGCCACGAAGUUCUUUUUUUUUUUUCGAGAAAAGUGAAAGUCUAUAUAGCUGGAUAUCAUUAACUAACGGAGUAACCAUGAAGUGCAACGAACGUAUUUGGCAAGGCAAGCAAUUUUCGCCAUGUAUUCUUUCAGAAUGCACUGGACAAUUCAGUGAAGCCCCGUUUGCCAACUUUACAGAUGUAUUCAACCGGUUAAUAGGAAAACCUGCGCAGCUCUAAAGUAUUUUCGAAAAAAAUCAAUCUCGUGAUUUACAAGAGUAGAGUUUGUUUUGAGUUAUGGCUUAUCACCAUGUCGAAUGUCAUAGAAAAUGGCUUUUUGGUCUCUAAUAAUGAUCGAAACCUGGCUUAUAUUUUCGAAUUCUUCGUGUUUGAUUAAUUUUACUACUGCCCUUUCAUCGAUGGCUUGUAGAAAGAAGAAAUACUUUUUCGUUUCCUUUUCUGUGCACGAUACGAGUGUACAGAACCCAGUUUCAAGAUAUAAUUAUGGCCAUUUUUCGGUUUUUCUUCAAAUUAAUAUCCUUCAAGUAGAAACGAUCUACAUCAGGUUUCUUUCCUUACUGACGGCUAUUCAUCAGGACAAAAUGAAAGAAAUUUAAUUUUCAGCUUGAUGCUUAAGAUAAUAAGAUAAUAAUAAUAAGACUUAUUAAGACUUAAUUAGGCCCGAAAAAGCAUGCAGCACUUAAAGUUCAAAGUGAGGCUCUCUCUUCCUUCCAAAGUACCGCAUCGGAAAAAAGGGGAAAGUGGCUUUUUCAAUAAUGUAAAAGAUUUCAACCAGAGUCGACAACAAUUGCUCUGUCUAAUAGCUAUUUUGAUUUAAAGCCACGAUGACAAAAACCUUACAUGAUCUUAAUAUUUUCUUAGCAUAGAGUGAAAUAACAAAAUGGCGGCCCACCCCAGGAUACUGUUUGAUUCCUAUGAGCACAAUUAUAUUGGAAAGAUUAUCCAAAUGGAUGAACUAAGAGUGCUUACGCUCCCAAAUGGUGUGGAAAUUGAAUUUCAACAAAUUAUAGCCCUUGCUGGAGAUUUUUAUGGUGUACCGAAACAACCAAUCAUUGAUCCUUCUAAAGGACAAGACGAAGAAGACUCGGGUCGCCAGCAGCGCUUCGGAGAUGCAUACAACACUCUGGCACGCGCACCGAAAGAUGAGUUAAUGGAGGAGCUAGACAAACUGCUGGCCACAUUAGAGAAAGAAAGCGAAAAUGGUAAAACCAUUGAUGCGAAAACAUGGGACGAAAUCACUGGUGGUAAAUGGCUCGGUCCCCUGCCAGUGAAAGAGGGUAGGAUGCUGCAAUUAGCUGAAAAUAAUCACGAUCAUUUUCUUCCCCACGCAAAGGACGCUUACCUGACUGGCCAUCAGCUGGCGAUUGACAAAGCACGGGAGGCUGGUUACUAUCGCGGGGGUGAUGAAGAUGAGCGCAAGAGGCUUCUUCACGAAGCAUUUUCACUGGAUGCGUUUGCUUGCCAUUUCCUUACUGACAGCUUCGCAAGUGGACACAUAAGGUGAAUAACAUAACGUAACAUCACAUCACAGAACAUCACAUAAUAUAACAUCACAUAACAUCACAUAGCAUCGCAUAGCGUGACAUUUCAUAACAUUAAAAUUUUAUAAUUUAAUGGUUUUAUUAGUGUAUACGUCUUAAACCUUUCUUAAUUUGUGCUUUAAUUUUAUUUCCGCGUACAUACAGUUCUAGUAGUACCCUGAUACCUUAGUUCAUUAAUAUUUAGGGAUAUUGUGCCUUUUAUAUUAAAGGCGUUUGCUUCGAUUAAAUUUCUAUAUUCAGAAUCAGACCACUUGCUGACAAAUCUCUGCUUUCAGGACACCGAGAGUUGAAUUGGGCAAUGGAACUACCUCUACCAAAGUUGGCAAUUUGCUUUGUAAGUACAUGCACGAUGAAGAUAACAAGUAUGGUCUGCGUGUCACAAACAAGAGAGGAGACAAGUGGAUUGCAUAUGGCGAUGGAAGGCUUCUUCAUGAAGAGAGCAGGGAUAAUCUAAAGAUUGUAGCAGAUACUGUUCAGAAAUCAGUUGAUCAAGUGUACGACGCUUACACAAACCCCAGCAAAACUCUUGAUCAUGCUGUGGUGACCGACCUGAUACCAUUUGUUGACCAAGAUGAAAGAAACAACUCUCCCUUGUUCCAAGUGAAAGAUGGAGAGCUGCACAGGAGAUCAGACAUCAAAGAUCUUCAGGACAAAGAAACUGUUACCAACUGGUGGGGGCCAACAACAGUAGUUAUGCUACAGGUUUACAAUCCGAAAAACCCUGCGAUUUAGACAUGCAGUUGUUCUUAGUGAUUAGUGAACUUGGCAAUAAGUUGCUGGAAUGUUUGUUCCCAGUUUUCAUGUCUUCUCAUUGCUUUAGUAACUCAUUUUAAGGAUUACAUUUGCAAAAAACAAGCAAUCUAGCCCGUUAUCAUGAUAGGGUCGAUUCUUUUAGGAAAGAGGACCCAGGAACCUCACCGUGUUCAGUAUUCACGGGAGAUUACACUGAUUACAUUGAUCAUAGUAGUAAUAAUAUCAAGAAGUGAUUUUGGAGUUCUAGAAAUUGUGUGAGUACAACCAAGUAAUUGACUGCAUAGUCAUGUUAUAAAACCGGUUUUUUUCCCUAUUCUUGGGUGUCAUGACGUGAGUUGAACAAUUACGAUUUUGAAGAAAUUGUGUGUGUGUGUGUGUGUGUGUAAAUUAUAUAAUUAUCAUUUUAUUUUUCUGAGGCCACUUAUCAGUGGUGGUAGUCUAUUUUGUAAGAUGUCUAAGUUUCUUUAGCUUUUGAAUUGUUAAAAUGUAAAGAAAGGUUAAAAGGAACGAUUCACAGUUGCAGUUAUUUACCCAGUGAAUGAAUGAUAACAUUUUGCUCAACC